AUGAGUUCGGACUCGAAAUGGAAAUUCUGGGGCCCAACUCCCAAACCGUUCCAGAAGGGCACGGCGCUUUUCUACCUCGGCAGCGAUGUUGGCAACUAUUUGCGCAUGUUCAGAAAUAAGCUUUACGACAAGUUUCCAAAGUUGACGGUCGGAAAGCUCGACGAAAACGACGUCGCUGGUCUUUUUAGCCAAACGAACGAGAAGCAUCACAAGCAUGUGAGGAUAGGUGCUAAGAUUCUCCUACAGCAAGAAAUCGACGAGCUCUUUGCCACGGGAGGAGAAAGGUUUUGCUGCUCGACGCAGAGCAUCGCCGUGCCAAAACCAUUCAUCAAACCAAAAGUCGACAAAAAAAAAAAUAAACGCGUUGAAAAAAGUAACCUUUUCUCCCCUCUCUUCCUCCCUAACCCAUCCCUAGAAGCAGCAACGACAACAGCAGCAGUGGAAACGCAACAAAAUCAAACUCAACAACACAUGGACGCUGUUCCAGUUUCGACCCCUGUCGGUGUCUGUCUCAAGAAUCGCAAGAAAACGAGAACGUUUCCGAUGCUCCUCGACCAUAGCGAGGAGAAAUUAGCGAAGAAUGCGAACACCGACGAUUCUUUAGUUCCGAUUAGACUUGAUAUGGAAAUUGAAGGCCAUAAACUGCGAGAUUCAUUCACCUGGAAUAAGAAUGAGUCGUGUCUGACGCCGACCGAGUUUGCCAAGAUUCUGUGUGACGAUUUGGAGCUUCCUGGUCAUCAUUUUAUAGCGCCGAUUGCGCAGUCUAUCGAAAGUCAAUUAGAGGAUCAUCCCAAAACACAGGUUAUUGAAGGAUCAGCAGAUCAAAGAGUUACUCUCAAGCUAAAUAUUCACGUCGGCAAUAUCUCCCUCAACGACCAGAUCGAGUGGGACUUGUCAGAACCAGAGAAUAGUCCGGAGAAAUUCGCCGAAACCCUUUGUAAAGAUUUAGGGCUAGGUGGAGAAUUUAUUACUGCGAUCGCGUACACAAUCCGCGGGCAACUAAGUUGGCAUUACAAAACCCUGUAUUUCAUGGAAACGCCUCCUGCUACAAUCAAACAGCCGCUAAGAGCACCGGACGGCGUCGAAUCGUGGUGUCCAUCGAUCGAGACGCUGACGAACGAAGAAAUGGAGAAAAAGAUCAAGGAUCAAGACCGUAUCACGCGCCGCCGCCGUCGCCAGAUUCAAUACUAA